AUGGAUAAUAACAAUUGGCACGAGAUACAUUGUGAAGACUUUGAUUUUAUUUCUAUAGUAAAGACAUCCUAUAGCAAGAUACCCAAAAACCAAAUAACCAAUUGUUUAGGAGGCAAAUUAAUCUUAUAUAAAACCGCAUCUGACUUACUUCUGUAUAAUUUAGUUAUAGAAAUAAAUAACUUAAUGCUUGACUCAUAUGGCAAAGCACUCAAAGCAGAAGAUUUAAACCAGGCAGCAGAUAUUGCAGUAAAUAACAUGUGGAAUGUAAUGAAAAUAGUAAAUAAAAUUGUUGAAAAAAUACCAACAAAGAGAGACCUAGAUAAGUACAUUUCCACACUAAAUAACUACAGUCUUUCUUAUAUGCUAAGAGAUCCUGCUGUAAUGAAGUAUAUAACUUUAGAUUUAUUAAUAUUUGCUAACAUUCAUAUAAAUAAAGAACAGGCAGAAACCCUUAUUAUAGAGAAACCUUAUAUAACAGAGACUGUCCCAGAAACCAAGCGGAAUAGACUGCUUGAUGUGAUAGAUUUACUGAAUAAGUAUCCAGGAAAGCUAACAAAAUAUAAUAGUGAGACAGAAGCAAUGGAUUCUAUGGCAGUAGAGUACAAAAUUCAAUACUAUGACAUUGAAUCGCUUAUAUUUAUUUCUUUAAAUAGGUCUCUUGCAUUGGUUCCUAUUGCUAUCAUACAGAAUGGAUUAUGUGUAGAAAAUGAAAAAGGAUCUAGACAAGUGUUUUUGCACACUAUAUAUGGUUUCUUUGAUUAUAGCAAUUUAAAUAGCUGUUUUCCGUUUGACAUAGAGUAUACUAUAUUGUUUCAGAUAGAAAAAAGGUCAAAAAAGUUGGUUGUUACAUCGAGUAAAAAAAGUAAAUACUACAUGAAUUUUAACUACAAUAAAAACAAUCUUAUUGACAUGUAUGAACUGGAUAAAGCAGUAAACAAAUAUAAUGAAAGUUUGAAAGACAAUUUGAAAGAUAUGGCAUUAACUGAUGAUGUAGAAAUAUGGAAAAAGAGGUGCUGGGAAUUGCUUUUUUAUAAAAUAUGGUGUAUAAUAUGUCUACCUAUAGUGCAAAUUUUAAAAUUAGCUAGAGCUAUAUUCCGAUUUGUAUAUGAUCCACGCAAAGGAGACUUUUCUAUAUAUGAGAAGAUUGUUUUUACAGCAGUUGCAUUUUUAAUAGUUCUAAAACUACCAAAUAAAAUAACGCUUGAUGAGAUAUAUGACAUGCUAUGGACACUGUAAUGGAUUAAAAGUAUGCGUAUUAUAAAAUAAUUAGAAUCUUUCGCAUAUUGUAUAACUAUGUGAAUGUGCAGUAUAUUAAGAAGAAGAGAGAUUCGGGU